AUGAAAUACCAUCCAGACAAGAACCCUGACGAAGGUGAACGGUUCAAAGAAAUCUCACACGCAUACGAAGUCUUGUCCGACCCUGACCGACGAGCCCACUAUGAUCAAUUUGGCGAAGGAGGUCCUGGUGGUGGUGGUGGUGACUAUGGCGGUAUGUCUGCCGACGACUUGUUUGCCAACUUGUUUGGUGGCAUGGGAGGAGCAAGCUUUGGUGGCGCUGGCUUUGGUGGCAUGCCACAACAGCGCGGUCCUCGCAAGGGCGAAAGUAUGAAAUAUCCACUCGCAGUAUCAUUGGAGGACUUAUAUAACGGCAAACGGACCAAGCUCGCGUUGGAAAAAAAUGUGAUUUGUACAACAUGCAGUGGACGGGGUGGCAAGACGGGUGCUACACGUAAAUGUGGCGCGUGUCAUGGUCGUGGAUUUGGCGUGGCCAUGCGACAGAUGGGUAUGGGUAUGGUCCAACAGAUGCAAGUGCCCUGUGAAGAGUGUAACAGCACUGGUAAGAUUGCAAAGGACAGAUGCAAAAAGUGCCGUGGCAAGAAGGUCACGACGGAAAAGAAGUUUUUGGAUAUCUACGUCGAAAAGGGUAUGAUUGAUGGACAAAAGAUCUGCAUGAAGGGCGAAGGUGAUCAAGAGCCGGGAGUGGAGCCAGGCGAUGUCAACUUGGUGUUACAACAAAAGGAACACAAUGUCUUUGAACGACGCGGCGAUGACUUGUUGUGCCAUAUCAAGAUUUCGUUGAGUGAAGCAUUGUGCGGAUUCAACAGAGUGGUGGUCAAGCAUUUGGAUGGCCGAGGUAUCCAAGUGCAGCAUCCUGCAGGCCAGGUGAUCAAGCCAGGAAUGGUCAAGCGCGUGCCCAACGAGGGUAUGCCCAUCUAUAGACGGUCGGACAACCACGGCGAUCUCUAUAUCCAGUUUGAUGUCGAAUUUCCACAAGAUUAUUUCGCCACCCCAGACAAUGUCGCUGCCAUGGCCAAUAUCUUGCCCAAGCCAAAACCCAAUGCUGUGUCCAGCGCAUCCUAUGACAUUGUUGACGAAUGUGCCUUGAUUUCGGGCGACCUUGAAUCCUUUGGUGCAUCUGGCCAGUCAAGAAAUGCGUAUGACGAGGAUGAUAGCGAUGAUGAGGGACGGGGUGGUAGCGGUAUGAACUGUGCGCAGCAGUAA